CUUCCGCGCCGAAAUGACCAAGGCUCUCAUCGCGCUCGAUGUCAGCGGUUGCACUAGCCAGCCCAUGGAGGACCAGGAGGAGCACAAAAUCCCCGCCGAUCUCGAAAACCUGCUGCCGCUCAUGAAAGAGUUGCGACGUGGCAACCUGCAGAUCGAGGAGCUGAGCGCACCCGAAGUGUGGGAGAAACUCAAACGGCAGUGCCACACGUUCCUAAGGUGCUGCUGUCUGUUCUUCCACUUCCUGAGCGACAUCAUCCCGCCCACGGAGCUUACGGUGCGCGACGGGGAUACGUGGGAGGUUAUGUGCGGCUAUCUUAAUCUGCCCGCCACCUUCCGCGAGCUGAUGGACACGCCGCUCGCCAGGAAGAAGGCAAUGGAGUGGUCCUCGUACUCGAAUAAAUGGUUCCGCGGCGACCUCAAGCCGGAAGUCGUGUUAGACCCGGGCGAGCCGCCGCGCCUCGUGCCGCUCCCGGACGACUUCUCCGAGCUGAUGAACGUCAUGUCGGAGUUCUCGUGCCCGAACUCGGAGCGCGAGGACAGCAAGUUCCCGACCAUGUGCCUCGUGUGCGGACAGAUCCUCUGCUCGCAGAGCUACUGCUGUCAGAUCGAGGUGUCUGGUAGGGGCGGUGUGACCGAGCACGUGGGUGCGGUGGUGGCGCACGCGGCGCACUGCGGCGCCGGCUCCGGCGUCUUCCUGCGCGUGCGCGACUGCGAGUUGCUGCUGCUCGCCGCAGCAGCGCCAUCACGCGGCGCCAUGCUGCCCGCGCCAUAUCUAGAUACAUACGGAGAGACCGACCAGGGUCUGCGUCGCGGCAACCCGCUGCAUCUGUGUCCCGAGCGGUAUGAAC